ACUUUUUUAUAUUUCUUGUCAAAUUUAAAGGGUGAAUGUAUCCUUUGUUCAUUUAUAAUCUAAGAUUCAAGAGAAUGAGUAAGUUUAAUGAUUAAACCUCAAUGGUGCAAUAACAAUAUGUAUGCAUUAUAUCCUCAUCCAACACCAAUCAAAUUUGUUUAUCUUCCCAAUUUUUCUUCAAAAUGUUAUCAUUUCUUGCAAAAUCAAGUCAUUCAAUCAAUACCCAGCUGUAGAUUUAGCUACGGAAGAGCUAAUUUUACACCAAUUCUCAAGAAUUUCAAGAAUAGAAGAAGAAAUUAUGUUCCUAUUUUGAGGGCUAGUCGUAAAGAAUCUCCUUACGAGGUUUUAGGGGUUUCUCCUUCUGCAAACCCUAAUGAAAUCAAAAGGGCUUAUCGAAAACUUGCUCUGAAAUAUCAUCCUGAUGUUAAUAAAGAGAAAAAUGCACAGGAGAAAUUUAUGAGGAUUAAGCACGCAUAUAAUACAUUGCUGAACUCGGAAUCUCGCCGGAAGUAUGAUGCUGGAAAUUCAUCUGGUUUUUCUUACUCCGGUUCUGCAAGAAGUCAGAGUAACAAUACUCAAAAAGAGGAGGACUUCUAUGGAUUUGGUGAUUUUGUGAGGGAUGUUCAAAUAACAAUAGGGGACUUUUUUAAAGAUCUUCAAGAAGAGUUUCAGAACUGGGAAGCUAGUGCUUCAUCACAGGGGAAACCAAAGAGCUUAUGGGAGGAAUUAGCGGAAAUUGGGGAAGAAUUUGUGGAAUUUCUAGAGAAAGAGCUUAACAUUACAGAUACGGAGUUUGAAGCUAAUGAUUUGGGAUCUAAGGAGAACUCAUUUUCUGGUUCCGGGACAAAGAAGGAAGGUGACAGGGGUAGCAGCAUUAAUGACAAUAUCGACGAGAUUGAAGCCACACUUGCUCAGUUGAAGAAAGAAUUGGGAUUAUAGCAGUGAAAUGUAACCGCAACAAGCAUCAGAAAUUGGAUUGGUAAUAAUCUGAUCUACUUUUAUCACGUAAAUUUCUCGGCAAAAUCAUCGAUCAAAGGCAAUUUCUGCUACGCGUAAGAAUGUGUGAUGUUAAUGGCUUCAAAAUUGCAGUUUUGGAAAAAGUUAUGCUUUAAUCUUUUAUGCAUUGGCCUUGAAAAACAUCACUUUGUAGAUAUUGAAAUUGUAAUUUGAAGUAGGAAGCCAAGUGUAUAUGCAUUCCUGAGUUUGAUCAUGUGCAUAAUUCACCUUUAAGAAAUAUAUGAAUCAUUUACUUUGUUCAA